AAAAGUAUUUGAUUGUUUGAAAAAUAAGAUUAAAUAUCACGAUUAUUUUUUUCUUUCGGAUACUACUCUCAGUAAGUUUAAGCUUGCAGGUGACAUCGCGGGAUGACUGAAAGGAAAGUUAAAACAUAUGACAAUGGCAAAAAAUGAUGAUAUAUAAACUCACGAAUCACAAAAUGGCAAAUGGACUGGCAUUCUGCUCGCACAUUCAGGAGAGGCGCGAGAAAGGAUCGACAGCAGCCAGUUUUGUACACUAAUUGUCUAUUACAAUGCUUCGUUCAAUCUAUCGCCAUCUGUCUGAAGAACUCAUUGAUGAUCACCAGUCUUACACUCGAUGGUAUUCCUUUGGCACCCAAGUAUUUAAGGAUCUUCGGUGAUGGUUUGGCAAACAACCGUAAUCUGAGAAGUUUAUCGUUGGCCAGAUGUCAAAUAGACGAUGCAGGUUGUUAUACAUUGCUAGAAAGUUUGCAAUGUAAUUCAAGUCUUCAUGUCUUAAAUUUAUCAUUAUGCUGCCUCAGAAGCGCUACAUGUCUGUCAUUAUUUCUUAAAAAGAGAAAAGCAAAUUUGUUGCAAAGUGUUUGGAAGAAAUUAACCUUGCAUCAAGAUAUUAACUUAACAGUGGAAGAAGGAUUGCGAGUAUUAAUACUUGAUAGAAAUUAUAAAUUUGGUGAUAUUGAUUUGAGGCAAUUGACAUGUAUGCUGAAAAGUGAUUUUUGGUUGAAAACAUUACGUUUACGAUGUUGCGGAAUUACUCAACAUGGAGGAGAAAUUAUGUUGGAGCUUUUACAAAUGAAUAGUGUACUUACACAAAUUGAUCUCAGGGAUAAUGAAGUGUCAACCGACAUACUUCAAAUUAUUUGCAAGCUUCUGAAGAAUAGAGAAAAUAAAAGAGAAAGAAUAUCGAUGAAGAAAAGAUUACUAAGCAACAAGCAUAUCUUUAGGCAAGAUAUAGUCUCGAAAAACGACUCUUUUCAAUUACCAAAAGAGAAAAUAUUUCUUAAAAAUCAAGUUCAUACUCAAACAGAAAUGCAGCAAGAUUGUAUAUUACAACGACCCAUACAGAAAAUAAGGAAAACAGAUAGUAGAAAACGCAGAUUAUAUAAUGAAGUAAAGAAAAAUUGGAUCAAGGUGGACGAAUUAAGAAACCAACUAUCUAUUAUGAUCGAGCAUAAUCAAAACUUAAUAACAUAUUUAGAAAACAGUACUAAUUUUCUAAUGAAAGAAAAAAAUCGCCAUUUGAGUACUGAAGAAGCGUAUCAUAAAAUUCAACCUCGACUAAGAAAUCUCAAAAACAAGAUUGCUCUACAGAAUCCUAUUCAUUUGAAUAUGUGUUAUGAAAAUCAAGUUUACACGAAGUUACAAAAUAUCUUUGAUGAAUUAAAAAUAUCUACGAACGGGAAAAUAUUAAAAAUAAAUGACAAAAGUCCUGGUGAAAAAAAUUAG